AUGCACUUGAGUCCUCCUGGCAUUGCGGCUGCGUACGUCCUGGCGUCCAACUCGAGGAUAGGAGAAAGACAUCCUUUCGGGAUCAGCCAUGGCCGAGGAGCAUCGCGUUUGGCAUUUGCGAUCCCUGAUGUGAACUGGUAUGACGCGGACGCGAUCGGGUGGGCAGGAUCAUCGCCAAAGAUUGAGGAGGGUCAGGGACACGGUCUUUUCGAGCAGAUAUUUGUGGAUGGGGCGGAGAACUUCUUGACAUGGUAUGCAUUGUGCAUAAGCAUGCGGUCAACCCUCCCCAUCUUCAACGGGUUCCUCUUCCCGGAAGCUCCCGCUCUCGUGCGGGAACGCGUCUACCCCUUCAUCGUCUUCAUAUCCGAGCCCUUCCUGCGAGGCUGGCGGAAUGCUUUUCCAUAUGUUCUCAAUGGUUUCGACUUGUCGGUAUUUCCUGCAUUCUGCGGCGUACGCCAUAGGAGCACAACAACCUGCCAGGAGGCCUCCAAAAAGGCUUCUUGACAACCACCCGACGUUGAGGAGGUUGGCAGUGGGUUGGGGAAGUGAGCAAGUCUUUCACGAUGGGCGAAUCUGGCAGCUGAAGAGAUAAUAAUCCGAGCCAGGGCGACGCUUUUCACGAAACCUCUUCCUCUCUUAUUCAUUGCAACACAACAAAUGUUAGAU